AAAAUGUCUUCUUCCCAUUCUUUUGCCAUUGUUAUUUCAUCCUUGGCUAUUUUUUUAUCUCUUAUUUCCCAUCCUUGUGAUUCUUAUGUGUCCGAGGACACCAGGUCAAUCAUAAUUGAAGAUGACUGGAAACUCAUAAUCUCCGGUUCUAUCCAUUACCCUCGCAGUACUCCGGGGAUGUGGCCAAGUCUUAUUAGAAAUGCAAGAUUAGGAGGCCUUAAUGCGAUUGAGACCUACGUUUUUUGGAAUGCACAUGAACCACAGUAUCGUCAGUAUGAUUUUACCGGGAACCUUGACUUGGUGAGAUUUAUCAAGGCGGUUCAUCAAGAAGGGCUUUAUGUUAUUUUAAGGAUUGGACCAUAUAUUUCUGGCGAGUGGAGUUUUGGGGGGUUACCAGUUUGGUUGAAAAACAUGCCAGGCGUUUCAUUUAGAACAAACAAUACAAUUUUUAUGGAUGAGAUGAAAAAUUUCACAACAUUAAUUGUGAAAACACUGGAAGACAAUGAUCUUUUUGAAGACCAAACAGGACCUAUAAUCAUUGUUCAGAUUGAAAAUGAUUAUGAGAUUGUGGAAGAUAGCUAUGGAGAAGCUGGAAAAGCAUAUGCACAAUGGUGUAUUGAUCUGGCUAAAAGUUUUAAUCUUUUGAUCCCUUGGAUCAUGGGCCAACAAGAAAGCUAUGAUGUGAUCGCUACUUGCAAUGGCUGGUACUGUGACCAAUGGUACCCUCCAAAUCAUAAAAAGGAUACAGAUCCAAAAUGGUGGAUUGAGAAUUGGACUGGCAGCUAUAAGAAAUGGGGAGGAAGACAAGCCCAUAGAACUGCCGAGGAUCUUGCAUUUUCUGUUGCUCGUUUCUUCCUAAAUGAUGGUAGUUUGGUAAAUUACUAUAUGUAUCAUGGUGGUACCAAUUUUGGUGAAACCGCUGGAGGUCCAUAUGUCACCACAUCAUAUGAUUAUGAUGCACCACUUGAUGAAUAUGGUAAUCCUAAUCAACCCAAAUGGGGACAUCUUAAAAACCUUCACGAGGUAUUAUUUUCUUUAGGGAUUAAUCUUAUUUUUGGUGACAAAACAGAGGUCAAUUUGGGUGGCAGUAUAACGGCGAAGAUUAUCUCUUACAAAGGACAAAGAAGUUGUUUCUUUUCGAAUAUAUACGACGAUGAUAGUUUUAUUACAUUCGAAGGGAAUGAGUUUUUCCUUCCCAGUUGGUCUGUUAGUAUUUCUCCUGAUUGUAAAACAGAAGUUUACAAUACUGCCAAGGUGAAUGCACAAACAUCUAUUAUGAUGUACAGACCGAUUCAUCCUCUCGGUAAUAACACUCCUUAUCAAUUGGAAUGGGAGUCGACACCGGAACAAAUUAUUAAUAUUAAUAGAUAUGGAAAUCUUGAUAAAGGAGAUUUUAUUGCUUCUAAUUAUCUUUUGGAUCAGAAAACAGUAACUAACGGUACCAGUGAUUAUUUGUGGUUAUUGACACUUUAUACUCAUAAUUCCACUGAUCCUGAAUGGGUCAAUAAGGAUAUAUUUCUGCAGGUGCAUACGUUUGGGCCUGUGAUUCAUGCUUUUGUAAAUACAAAAUUCUUUGGAUCACAAACUGCAGAGGAUGGUAAUUUUGAUUUUCAAUUUGAGACAAAAAUUCAUUUAUUGGAAGGAAUUAAUCGCAUCGUUUUAGUUAGUGUUUCUGUUGGAUUACCCUAUUAUGGUGCUUCCUUUGAAAACCUGGGAACUGGAAUUGUUGGACCUAUCAAAAUAAUUGCAAGAAGCAAAACUGGAAACGAUUCUGAAGUGAUUAGGGACAUUUCAACAAAUAGAUGGGUUUACAAGACAGGAUUACAUGGAGUAGAUCUCGGAUAUCAAAGUCCUAUACAUUGUUAUAGAGCCAAUUGGUCUUCAGCUCUCGAAACUAAUCGACCUUUCACUUGGUACAGGACAAAUUUCUAUUAUCCUCGAGGAAACAAUCCUGUCGUGGUUGACCUGAGCGGAAUGGGAAAAGGAGUUGCUUGGGUUAAUGGAAUUAAUAUAGGGAGAUAUUGGACUAAAUAUCUUGCCAGUGAAGAAGGUUGUGACUCUAAUUGUGAUUAUAAGGGAGAAUAUACCAGAGAGAAAUGCAAUACUGGGUGUGGAGAACCAGCACAAAAAUACUAUCAUAUCCCUAGAGGUUUUCUAAAGCCACAUAGAAAUAUGUUUGUAUUGUUUGAAGAGUUAGGUGGAAACCCCCAAAAUGUUCAAAUCCAUACAGUUACUGUUGGUAAAAUUUGUGCAUUUGCUUAUGAAGGGAGUACUCUGGAAUUAGCUUGCACAGGAGGACAUAGCAUUGCUAAAAUUAGCUUUGCUAGCUUUGGUAAUCCUCAAGGUAAAUGUGGAGAAUAUGAUAUGGGCACUUGUCAUGCUUCAGAUUCCAUGGAAGUUGUUCAACAGGCUUGUCUUCUCCAGAAAAAGUGCUCCAUUAAUGUUGAUGUAGACCAUUUUGCUCAGUUACCUCAGGAUUGCAAAACUAGAUUUAGUUAUAAUCUUGCUGUUGAAGCUGUUUGUGACUAUACUUAGGACUUCUUUAGCCAUGAAUAAAUUUGUGGUGGCACUUUUAUAAGUUAAUAUUAUAAAGUUUAGAUUUUUAUA